UUCCCAUCUCUUUCUUAUAAAAAGACUUUUUGCCUUUUCCUUUCCUUGUCCUUCCAAAACUCUUUCAUCCGGGGGGGUAUACGUGCUAUAAGGGUAUACCCAUCGGCUUUAGCUUCCUCUCUUCUUCUUCUUCUUCUUCUUCUUCUUCCAUAGUAUUAUUAUUAUUAUUAUACUUUCUUUGUUACCAUGUCUUACAGAUGGCUCAGCAGGCCAAAUGCUUCGUCCGGCAUGGGCGUUGCUGAUCACACCAAAAACACGUUUUUGGAAUUGAAGAGGAAGAAGGUUCACCGUUAUGUGAUUUUCAAGGUUGAUGAGGGUAAAAAGGAGGUAGUGGUUGAGAAGACCGGUGGUCCAGCUGAGAGCUAUGAUGAUUUCACUGCAGCUUUGCCUGAGAAUGAUUGCCGAUAUGCUGUAUAUGACUAUGAUUUUGUGACUUCUGAUAACUGUCAAAAGAGCAAGAUAUUUUUCAUUGCAUGGGCUCCAUCAUCCUCUCGAAUCCGUGCCAAGAUGCUCUAUGCUACAUCUAGAGACAGGUUUAGACGGGAGCUGGAUGGUGUCCACUAUGAGAUUCAGGCUACUGACCCCACAGAGAUGGAUCUUGAAGUGAUCAAAGACCGAGCACACUGAAUAAUCUCUGCAGUUAUUGAGUUUUGUUCAGUGGGGAAAAGAUCUGAUAUCACUAUGCCAACUUAUGAAUUAGUUAUCCCUGUGCAGAACCCAUUUUAGAAACAAGAUAGUAUUGCAUGAUCCGUGAAUAAACUAACAUCUGGGAGGCUCAAGGUUUAGGCUAAUAUUUUCUGGAAACUGAGAGUGUCAAUUUCCUUAUUGAUUACUGCUUCUCAGGUGAAGAUGGCUUUGUUAAAGGGUAUCUAGAAACUCUAAAUGUAAGUCAUUAUAUUGAUUUCAUCUUUAAAGGAUUGUCCUGUAAAAGGAUAUUUACAAACUCUUGUUGUAUAUCAUCUUAUAAAUUUGGUUUCAGGGGAUGCAUUUGAUACUGCCAAGUGCUGUUACUU